AUGGCCUUCAUUGUCGUCUAUCCGGCCGUGGCCUUCCUGGCCAUGUUCAUCGUCAUUGUCAUUAUGUUAAUCCUCAGAUGUGGUGGGAGGUUGGGAUUACGCCAUACUGCGCUCCCGGAUGAUAACGAUCUACGGGAGCAUACGUACGAUCAGAAAGUUAGCUAUGCCUGAUGAUAGAGUUAGCACAUUCUACUCCGUCCAUCCAUCCUUUUUUUUUACCUCACACCAUUCUCCUCGUAAGAGCGCAAUGAUAAGAAUCUCUGACGGACAGCGGAGAAAUGCCAAAUGGGUUAAGAAAUCUUUUUAGUCAGUGUGUGUAGCAUAUACGUUCAUCCUCCUAACCGAAUUCGAUUUGCUUUCUUUUCGCUGCCAACUUACUUCCCCACAUGUCAAACUCAGGCAAACGGUAUAAUCCUCCAAGGGUUAAACCGGAAAUACCCACAAUCAAUGGGACUGAAUCAGUUUCUGUUCAGAAUGACUUCUUUUCCUGCUCAAAUGUCCUACUUUAGGAAGAGCUACGUCACCAAUCUUUUUAUGCAAUCGUCAAUUCGGAGCUCUUCGUAAGUUCUAAACACUUUUCAGGCUGAUUUGGAUUUUUCUCAUUUCCGGCAGUCGGAUACCGAGUGGAAAUAAAUUUCAUAUAAGAGACAGAGCAGCAACAAAUACUGGUAUGUAUCAAAUUUUGUUUUUGUUUGAUUCUGGUAGACUUUUACAAGAAAUUCUUCCACAAUGUUGCGAGAGAAUCUUUCAUAAUUCAUAGGGAUAUUCUUUCAAAAGCCAGAAAAGGGUUUUCUCCAGAAUCCUACGAAAGAUUCGUUUAGAAUCAUGAAAGGGGUGUCCCCACAAUCUAAGAGGAGUUUACCCAGAAUUUUGCGAGAAAUUUCAUUAGAAUUAUGAGAAUGAUAUCUAGAAUCUUUUGUAAAACAGUAAACAUCAAUCCAAAGAACAAGAAAUAUGGUUGAUAUAUCACAUUUGCAAUUGCUUUGAAUACACAAUUUGUUUGUUAUUCGUAAUUUAUUUCUACAGGGAUCAAAUAUCAUCUACUCCUUUUGAUAUAGAAAAAACUUAAUCCAUCCAAUAUCAAGGCAAUACUCUUACUACUUUUCAAGCUUUUUUUACUGCAUUUUAGAUGUUAAGGUAAAUUGCUGUAUCAUCCCAAUAACAUUGCAUUUUUAACUCCUUUUUGAUAACAGUCUCAUACAAACAUUCAACAUAUGUUAAUGAUGCCGGCGUGCCAAUUCCCGCCAAUCUCAUUUUAAUUCCGAAACAAACAAUUAAACGGCCCGCACUUUACUGACCAGCCAGCGCAGAAAACGCGCAAUCAUACACCAACAAUUAGUGAGUUAAAAAAAUUUUAUCACAAUUAUUGUAUCCAUGGGAGUCGGCAGCAGCAACCCCUUUGGGAGACGCAAUAUCCAAACAUGAAAUUUUUAUGCUUUCAGCCGACAGCGGCUGACGCCUACGCGUAGAAAAAUAUGAAACCAAUAAAAAUUAAAACACCAACAACAUACACUCAUAAAAUGCAUAACAAUCAAACACACCUCAUUACUAAUUGAAUGACGACCGUUGGAGAGGCAGUGGAAUACCGGCAACUGUUUGGUGGUUGCGUACCUUCACGUGUUCAGUUUUUAAUUAUUUUAUAUAUCGGAACAGAAAAAAAGGAUGUUUAAUAUGUGCACAAGCAAUCCGUCCAGCCCGCAUUCGGGCCUUAACGUAUAUAAAACGCAAACGAACGCACAUCAUUCAAACAUGAAUCUAUACAGACAAAUGAGAAUAAUUACGUAUUUUUUUUUAUUAUUUUAUCAAUCAAGCAAAUGCGAGAGUAAGAUUAAACCACUGUAGUAUUGUCAUAUCGGUCAAGAGAGUAUAUAUUUGAAGUAAAUCAGAGCGACGAAUAAAGAAAGGUUUUUCCAAGUAAAGCCUA